AUGUGUGUUGCAGCGUGCGAUUGCUCGCCACUGGGGUCGGCGCGAGAAGACUGCGAGCAGAUGACGGGGCGGUGUGCGUGCAGACCCGGCGUGCUGGGCAUCAAGUGCACCACCUGCGCAGACGCUGGCCGCGUACUCACACUCGCCGGCUGCCUCACAGAGGCAGAAGUGGCUGUAACUUCAAGGCCGACAGAAUCAGUUUCGACGACGCAGUCAGGUGAACCCCUGCGGCAGCUGGCCAAGACAACGCAACAGCUGGUGAUCCCUGUCAGCCAACACCAGCUGCCCCGCCCAGAAGCUGAUAGCAGGAUUACCUCGGCUUCGCUACAGCACGAUCUCUCAGGAGACGUGACGAUACACGUGACGGCGGCCUCAGCGGAGGGGCGUCGGCUGGGCAGUACGUGCUACGCAGACGCCGACUGCGCACUGAAGAACAGCCUCUGCCACCGUGGCUCCUGCCGCUGCCGCAACGGGCUGCAACCCUCACACGACGGCCGACGCUGCCUCGUGUAUCGGAUUCCAGCAUUUGAUGGUGAGUCCUACGUUCAACUGCAAUGUCUGAAAGCUUACAACAAACUGAAUAUCGAAAUGGAAUUCAUCUCAUACGCAAACGAUGGUCUUCUGCUGUACAACCAACAGAAGGAAGACGGAAUAGGUGAUUUCGUCUCCCUCGCCAUUAUUGAAGGCUACGUAGAAUUCAGAUACGACUUGGGAAACGGUGCCGCAGUUUUAAGAUCGGCAAACCGGAUUACACUGGGUACGGUGCACCAUGUGAGUGCGCGCCGCUACCACCGGGACGGCUUGCUGCGCCUGGAUGCCGGCCCUGAGGUGGUGGGCCAGUCGCAGGGGGCGCUGCGGGCACUGGACCUGCAGAUGGAUGCUUUCGUCGGUGCAGUUCCUACCAAUCUAACAAGGGUGUUGGUAAAUGUGGGAGCAGCACGUGGCUUGGUUGGCUGUGUGCAGCAGCUGAGGCUCAACCAGGAGGAGGUGCGCCUGCACGAGGGCGAGCCGCUGGUAGUUCGCGCGGUGGGUGUACAAGAGUGCGGCGCCAACCCGUGCGCACGCUUGCCCUGCCACAACGGUGGCUCCUGUGCGCCUACCGCGGCACACAGCUUCCGCUGUCACUGUCCUCCCGAGUUCACAGGAAUUGCUACGCUAACAAUAACAGCCACCGUCACACAUCAGGUAAAUAGUAUUACCAGGUUGUGGGAGCUCACUGUGUUCCGCUUCCAGCAUUCCUAUCGGUACUGCACGGUCAGCACAAUGUACAAGGAUGGGUCAGAUGUCGACGUACCAAGAAACACAGUGGCGGUGUAUAUGCUGUGCUCGGCAACAACACUAGCUGCAUCAAAAUCGAAUAAAUGUAAACAAACAGCAAUAAGUGGUUUCUUGCAUCCACGACCUGCCUUCUCUGCUGUUCCUGCACCCAUAUUCAGUGGAUAA